AUGGUCAAUGCUCCUUUGAAGCACAUUGUAUUUGUUCCUUGUCCUGCAUGGGGUCACCUGCGUCCGGGCAUGAAGACUGCACUUCGUCUGGUCGAGAAGUUCCAGGACCUGUUCAUCUCGCUGUUUGUGUACCAGACAGAGCUGCAUAAGGCGGUCAAGUACCUGGACACUCAGCCUCCGGCAUACACAAGGCGGAUCAGGCUUGUGACUGAGCCUACCAAUGGCCCUUCAGUGACUGCUGGCCAGUUGACAGACAUACUCUUAUCCCUAGAGGUAUCGUUUGGGUCCUGGAUAGUGAAAGAGACCCAGCAAGCAACUAUUCUACAAAUCGAUGGCCGGCCGGUAAACCCACCCAGUAUGAUCAUAGAGGAUUUAUAUACAGGCGGCGUGGGAUUGGCUCGCAAGGAAGCACAUAAUCUGCCGGUUGUCGGAUGGUGGCUGAUGACUGCAGGAUCGCUCAUAACGAUCCUCCAAGCUGCAAAAUUCAGGGAAGAGAUGGCAGCGUUGCAGUAUUCAUCCCUGUAUAAUGUAUUACUCAAGGAGGGCCAGGCCGAGUCCAAGGACACCCAUGACCGGUUGGUCAGUCUCCCAGGAAUCCCGUCGCAUUAUGCGUGGGAAUCCACUACUCAAGAUCUCCAGGAUGCUAAUCCACUGACGGCAUAUAUAAUUUCACGAUGCCACAACAUGAUUAAGAACAUAGAUACUUUUUUUUGUUGUACAGCUUUCGAGAUGGAACCUCUGGUCGCCGCUACUCUUCCAGAUAUCUUCGGAAAGCCCCUCAGAGCCUAUUGCGUCGGCCCAUCUGUAGACCUUGUGCCACCUCACAAACCCGACCCCAAGUCGCCCGUCACCCAGUUCCUCGACCGCGCAUAUGCCGAAAACGGCGCACACUCGGUCAUCUACAUUUCUUUUGGAACCUUAUUCUUCCCCCUUCCAAGCACGGUGCCUCAUCUGAUGGCUGCUCUGGACGAGAUUCCCAAGGCCGGGUUCAAGAUCGUGUUUGCGCUCUCAUCAGAGUGUGCAACGCUUGACAAGUCAUGGAUGGAUGCGCAUAUUGACGCAGGAAAUGCGAUAUUCCCCGAGUGGGCGAACCAAACUGCGGUUCUAGAGCACCCUGCAAUCCACUACUUUUUGUCUCAUGGUGGGUGGAACUCGUCGACCGAGGCGAUUGUACGUGGGGUUCCGAUGAUUUUCUGGCCGAUGGCAGGUGACCAACCUAUGAACGCUAUACAAGUUGCCUCUGUGCAUGACUGCGGCUUUGAGUUCCUGCAAGUUCGGACAGGAGACGCUAGAUCGGUGGCCUACCGGAACGGCUUCGAGGUGGAGAUUUUGGGAACGGAGGACGCAGUACGCGAUGAGAUGAAGCAGAUACUGAAGAUGAGCAAAGGUGUGCGGGGUAAACACCAACGGAUGAAUGUGCGCAUGCUGGGGAAGGUUGUUACUGACUCGCUCGGACCUGGUGGAAGUGGGGAUAUAGCGUUGUGGAAGUUUGGUCAGGCAGUGGGACUUGCGUGA